CAGAGAGUACAUGUGGAAAAGUGGCCAUGGCUGUGUCAGCUCCCGUUAUCCCACCGCCCCCUCUCACUCCCACCUCUACCCCGUUAACAGGAGGCUUGUUCCGCACCGAUUCUGUGUACACCAGCCCUUCGGAAUCUCCCAAACUUAGUAGCAUUAAUAACAACAUCAACAGCGGCAACGAGUGUAAGAUGGUCGAGCUCCGUGGAGUCAAAGUGGCGUCUUUCAAUGUGGACGGGCAGGAGCUGAUCUGCCUCCCGCAGGUUUUUGAUCUCUUCCUCAAGCAUCUGGUGGGCGGUUUGCAUACGGUUUACACUAAGUUAAAGAGACUGGAUAUAACGCCCGUGGUCUGCACCGUGGAGCAGGUCAGAAUCCUCAGAGGACUCGGAGCCAUCCAGCCCGGAGUUAACCGUUGCAAACUCAUAUCCAGAAAAGACUUUGAAACUUUGUUCAACGAUUGCACCAACGCAAGCUCAAGGCCUGGAAGACCCCCAAAACGGACCCUGAGUGUCACAUUGCCAGAAAAUUCUCGCAUCAUACCCCAUGCUGUCCCAGGUCUCUUAUCGCCAGGAAUCAUCUCACCAACAGGUUUAACUGCAGCAGCCAUGGCUGAAGCGAUGAAGUUACAAAAACUGAAACUUGCAACAAUGAAUAAUCUCCAUGGUAAUGGUAGUCAAAAUGGUGCAGAGUCGGAGAAUGAAGAACUGAAUUCCAGUACAGGUGGAUGUGAAUCUUCGUGGGACAAAGAGAAACUCCAGUCACCCACUACCACAGGGUCACAGCAUGUAGUCAACCAUGCCACACUGUCUGGUCAACAUAAUCUUGCAGCCACACACCCGCUUAGCCCACUCCAGCAGAAUCACCUUAUAGCCAACAGACUCGAGUUGCCAUUCAUGAUGAUGCCCCACCCCCUCAUACCCGUCAGCCUACCUCCUGCAUCGGUUACCAUGGCAAUGAGCCAGAUGAGUCACCUCAGCACCAUAGCUAACAUGGCAGUGGCAGCCCAAAUGCACAGUCCCUUAUCCAGAGCAGGAGCUUCUGUUAUCAAGGAGCGGGUUCAUAACAGCCCAUCCCCAGAACCAUCCCUUGAAGAUAGUCAACGGCCUGGGAGUCACCCAUCUUCGCACCAGAGCAGUAGCGUAUCUAGCUCACCAUCCCAACAUGACAUUGCCUCUGACAGAAUAUCUGGUCAGCCAGGGACAAGAGAAGGGGAGAUCAUUGAUCAUGAUAAUGGUCCCAAUAUAAAGAGAAGCCAAAAGGAGAAAGAUGAGACUCAGCUUGUGAUGCCCACCAUUAGAACCAGCAUCGAGAAGUUCCACAUGGCUGGGCAAGCCUUGCCCCCAGGGUUUCCUGCGCCAUUUUUAUUUGCUGAUGGACUGUCUUCAAUAGAAACACUUUUAACCAACAUUCAGGGCCUGCUGAAGGUGGCUGUUGACAAUGCCCGUGUGCAGGAGAAGCAGAUACAACAGGAGAAGAAAGAACUCAAGCUGGAGCUGUUCAGGGAGAGGGAAAUGAGAGAAACCUUAGAGAGACAACUCACAGCGGAACAGCACAAUAGAGCAACAAUUCAGAAACGACUGAAGAAAGAGAAAAAGGCAAAGAGGAAAUUACAGGAAGCACUUGAAUUUGAGUCAAAGCGACGAGAACAAGUGGAACAAGCUUUACAACAGGCCACAUCCACAGAAAGUCUCAGGGUGCUUAAUGAUGCAGUAAUUCCCGAGAUGGAAGCUGAACAUUGUGGGACUCAGCUCGACACAACAGCAACAGUACAAGAUAGAACAUACAUGAAAACAUCCAUCCUGUACUGAGAGACAAUUUUUACCAAACUGAACCAUGUAAUGACAACAUUUCCACACUCCAGUGAAACCAAGGCUGGGUACAGCAAACACUUCAAGCCACUUUCAGUCAAAGCAACCUCAGUUCAUACAUUUUAAAAAGGAAAAAAAAAGUAACCACAUGCAUUGUGGUGGAUUAGUGCUGUAGCAUCAUUUGUGCUGCAGGUAAUGUUGCCAAUGUGGUGAAGUUUUAUACUAUAUUUGCUGCACCAGAACAAUGUACCUGGUAAGAGUCAUGCCUUGUUGGUUAAAGCAUAGUGUGCCAUGCUAUUUUAAAGCACACCAACAACCAACACAAGCAGAAGACAUUGCAGAUUGGUGAAUUUACACCACAUCAGGCCUAAUACAAGGCUGUUAAGAACAAUUAGCCCAGAGGCAACUGAAGAGCUUUGUAAUUAAUGGCUGAAGAAAUCCUGCAACAAAACUGUUCAUUGUAAUUAUUAAUAAAGCUUUCUCUGUUAAAACUGGUCUAUUUUAAAAAAAGGGCCCGAUUUAGAAAAAAGGUGGAAAAAGCAGCAACGUUUUGCUGAGUAAAGGCGCCCUUCAGUUUUGUGAUCCAUCUGCAAGAAAAGCAUUGAAUUGUCAUUAACAUCUUUUACACUCCACUCAGAUAUUGGGGAAGGAAGUGAAAUAUAUGCAGUAGAAUAUUAGGAAAUGAAACCUUUUUAAAUGGCUAGUUGCUCGUAUACGCUACCAUAAUUUCGUUAAAAAUAUUUAGUUUAAAUUUCAACUUCUGACCAGUAAAAAGGAAUGUUAACUAGUAAAGAUACAAUGUUAAUAGAACUUUCAGUUUGUCUUUUGUCUUUGCAAAGCUGUUCACAAAACAUUGUCCCUGCUGUUCAAUUCAAAUUGACAGUAAAAUUGGUGCUGAUGUUAAUUAUUGUUUAUAGCUUUGUAGUAAAGUAUAAAUACCACAAGCUCACUGCAUAUCAUGUGCAGACAUUGUUAAAGAAAGCUUACACUCAAUGCAGCACUGUAAAAGUCUCAGUUGCAAAUGGCUUAUGUCUGCACUCUGUUCCGAAUAGGAACUUGUUCCAAUGUAAUCAUCACUUUAAGUGAAGAAAUGAAUUGUAAAUAACUGGAAGUAAAUUAAGAGUCUUCUGUUGGGUAGCGCAGAUCAUUUAUAUUUUUGCUUCAG